AUGCUGCCGAUCCGAGCUUGCCGCCUCCGCCAUUAUACGGCUAGUCGAUGCCAUAUCACCAGUCGAUUGACUCAACGACAAUGGAUGCAUUCGCAACAGCAACGUGAAAAACCGUUAUGGGAACGGCUGCAAUCUGCCUGGAAUGACACUGAGACGAAAUGGUAUCCGAUUCCCGUGGGUCUUGGUCUUGCUGUUGUCGGCUAUGUUCAAAUUCGCCACAUUCGUGAUCGUGAACGCAACAACCAGGAACAGCCUAAGCCAAAGUAUGUUGCAGACGGUCCUUGGCAGGUUCACGUGGCUUCGGCAUUGCCGCUUCGCACCAUGUCACGAUUAUGGGGAGCAUUCAAUUCUUUGACUAUCCCAGAAGCGCUUCGACCUGCUGGUUUCAAGUUAUACAGUUGGAUCUUUGGAUGCAAUCUCGAUGAAAUGAAGAACCCGGAUCUCUAUGCAUACAAGAACUUGAGUGAAUUUUUCUAUCGUGAAUUGAAGGAUGGUGCUCGACCCAUUGCUGAUUCGCCCUUGGUAUCUCCUUCGGAUGGCAAGGUGCUUCAUUUUGGUGCCGUGCAUGAACGAGAAAUUGAACAAAUCAAGGGCGUGACCUAUUCUUUGGAUGCACUCUUGGGUGAAGAUGAGCCAUCUACAUCUCCUAUUACUGAGGCCGAGUUUAGCAGCCACUUGCCACAUUAUGUCGAUGAAGAAGAGUUUGCCAAUGUGAAUGGUAUUCCUUAUUCGCUGGAUGAGAUGCUGGGUGGCGAAUCGCAACAUAGUGUACAAGUUCCCAGCACAGUUGGCCCUGAUGGUUUAGCUCCCUCCGAGAAGGCUACUGCCAAGGAUACCAAAGCAUUGAUCGGCGUAUCCGAUGUCAAGAGUGGUAUUCCCAAGCACGAGCAUCACGUACGACCAGGCAAUGCUCUUUUCUUUUGUGUCAUCUAUCUUGCCCCUGGUGAUUAUCAUCGAUUCCAUUCUCCUACCAAUUGGGUCGUUCAGAAAAGAAGACAUUUUGCAGGCGAAUUGUUUUCGGUUUCUCCUUACUUUGUCAAGCUUUUACAGAACCUCUUUGUUUUGAAUGAGCGAGUGGUCCUUUUGGGCAAGUGGAAAUAUGGUUUCUUCUCAAUGACACCGGUCGGAGCCACCAAUGUGGGUUCUAUUCAUAUCAACUUUGACGAGGCCUUGAAGACCAACCGCAAGGAGGAUUUGCCAUUGGGUACAUACACUGAAGUAUCUUACAAGUCAGCAAGUAAACUUUUGGGUGGAAAGCCAGUGAGAUCAGGUGAUGAAGUGGGUGGAUUUUCACUUGGAUCUACUGUGGUAUUGGUCUUUGAAGCCCCAGCAUCGUUCCAGUUCAAGAUCCAUGAGGGACAAACAAUCAAGAUGGGUCAAGCAUUAGGUGAUAUCUUAGAGCAUAAUGAUAAGAAGGCAUAG